GCUAUCCCGUAUCUGGCGACAAGGACAAAAUAAACGCAGAGAGUAACUGUUAAUCAUGCCGAAGAACAAAGGAAAGGGAGGAAAGAACCGCAGACGUGGAAAGAACGAAAACGACGACGACAAGCGUGAAUUGGUCUUCCGUGAAGAUGGACAAGAAUACGCACAAGUAACGAAGAUGCUUGGUAAUGGUCGUCUCGAGGCGAUGUGCUUCGAUGGUGAGAAGAGGCUAGCCCACAUUCGUGGUAAGAUGCGAAAGAAGGUGUGGAUUAACCAGGGAGACAUUGUACUCCUUUCUCUGCGGGACUUCCAGGAUGACAAGGCAGAUGUUAUUGUUAAGUAUACGGCUGAUGAGGCGAGAAAUUUGAAGGCCUACGGCGAGCUGCCAGAGAAUGCAAAAAUCAACGAGACAGACACAUUCCCCGAAGAGGAUGGAGAGUGUACUUUCGAAUUCGGUGACGAAGGGGAAGUCGAUAUCGACGAUAUUUAAUCCUGUCUCUGUAUAAGCCAUGUAUCCUCCUUGUUU